AUGCAAGAAUUCAUAUUGCAGUUUUUUGUAAACUUUCUGGACAAUUUUCGCUGUGUUUUAUGCGGAAAAGUGUUUCGAUUUUCUGGCGAUCAUCGUUAUUUGGACACACAUUUACGUAGUGGACACAAAUUGACUGAACGACAAAUUAUUGAUGGUCCGAAAAUACACGAUAAGAAAAAUGGAUCUCCAGAAUAGUGAGUUUGAGAGUUAUUCAGAUGAAUAUUUUGAACAAGUGAAAUUUUUUCAGUGAGCUGGUCUCUCCCAAUGAUUAUCAACAUCGAAGAAGAUGUCAGAAUGGCAAAGGAAACUCAUCACUUCCACAAGUUGUUUCAACGCCGCCGACAAUUCAACCAAUUCAUGAGGUUUGUCUUGUUUUGCAAAAGUUUAGAAGAAAAAUCGGAUUCGAAAAAUUCUACCACUUUUUGAAUGUGCUCUGAAUUAUCCGCCCAAAAAUUAGAUUUGGGAAAAUUUGUCCAAAUCACGUUAAAAUUUUAUGAAAAACUGAAAAUGAGAACUUUUUCCUGGUCCGAUUGCGAUAAAAUAUGAGAAUUAAAAAAGGGGAAAUCCCCGUUUCAAAAAUCUCCCACGAAUAAUUUUCAGAACAAUGCGGAUAAUCAACAAAUUAUUCAAAUGUACUAUCGAAAAAUACCAAACGGUUAUACUUGUACAUUUUGUCAUCGUCAAUUUAUCAAAAAAUCAGAUCAUAUUCUAAUUUGUCAUAUUUCAAUGGCUCAUCCAUCACUAAAAACAACUGAAGAAGCCGCAUCAAGAGCAACUUUUAUGGGAACUGGAACAAAUGUCUCAUUACCACACGACGAUAAUGAGCCAGAUAUAUCCGAAUAUUUUCGUCGUUAUAACAGUCGUCUUCAAUGUGUUCUUUGCAAUUUGUUGUUUGCAAAUUCCAAACAUUGUUCAUCUCAUAUGGAUUUGAAACAUAAUGAGAUUUAUCGAUCAUUGCCGUUGAAAGCUCCGAAGAAGUUUCGACGUGUUGACACAUUGACUGAGCGAGAAAAGAUUGAACGAUUGAGAAAAUUAAGAUAUGAUCCAAGUUUGCCAAACAUGAUGCUCACUAUUAAUUAUGACGAUAGUGAUGUGAGUUUUUAUUCAUUAACUUUUGUUAUUUUUUGCAACUAAAAAAGCUUCAACAUUAUUUUUCAGGAAGACAACAUCAUUUGUGAUUUUUACGAACCAUUUGAAGACAAAAUGCAAUGUCUUAUUUGCGAUUUGAUGAUCAAAACAAAAUCAGCGACCUUUCUACUCAAACAUUUACGGACAAAUCAUAGUAUUUUCAACGUCGAUGUAAAAACAAAAAAGAUGACUUUUGAUGGUGCUCCGUCUGCUAAAAAGCCAAAAAUUGCCGAAACGUGAGUUUUUAAGUUAUUUUCAUUUUGAAUCAUGCCUAAAACUAGGUCAGAUUACCAGGGGGGAGCGGGAUCCUCUAGAUUUCUCUAAUGUAAAUUCUAGAAGUCUUUCGCUCCAAAAAUAGGCACAACGUUCAAUCAAAAAUAAUAAUUUUUCAGCGAGAAGAUGUCUCAAGAUCUAUUUGCAAAUUAUGACUCGCCUUCGUUGAGUGAAAACGUAAGUCAUUUUUUUCAUCACCCAAAAAAUAUUUUUCUACUUUUCCAGGAUUCUGAUUUCGUUUGGAAUUUCUUCACUCUGAAUGGUGAGAAACUCACAUGUAUGUGUUGUGGAUUGGAAUUCAUUCGCAAAACCUAUUCUUCACUUAUCAAACAUUUGCAAUUGAUGCAUCCAUCGGUGUAUUCGCCAGCUUUGGAAAGAGACAAAUCACCAGAUCUUCCUGAAUCAUUGUCAAUUUCGAUGCGAAAGAAAAUGGCUGAUAUGAAGUGAGUUUUUGUUUUUUUUUUUUUCAUCACAUAAUUAAUAUUAAUUUAUUUUAGAAAGCCAAGAUCAUUCAAAUCUGAACGUGUUCUCACAAAAUUCUUGAUUUCACACGGUGUUUCAUAUGAAGUGACAGAAGAUCCAAACCUUCAUAAUAUUCAAAGAGCUCUCAAUAAAGUCACAUCACUUGAUAAUGCUGCAGUUAUUGAUGGAAUAAUUGAAGAUUGUGUUCAAGAUUGUGCGGUAAGAAUUUUAUAUUCUACAAAUUUAUAUGAGAAAUUUUUUGCAGAACUCGAUAAAAAUAAUGCCAGAUGAUCCAUUAACAAUUUCGGCAGGUCUUUUUAUGUGA